UAAAGGAUAGCCUCGGGAGGGCCUGGAACCUAUUCCAACGGGCCCCGACUGUCUCUGCCCCAGAGUUUUUAUAGAGACGCCAGGGGGUGGAGCAAAAGACCUCCUCCCCCAGCACAGCCAAGUGCAGACCAUCUCAGACUCCUGCACUCAGGCCCGUGGUCUAAUCAUCCUCUAUUCAGACCUGCUGGGUAAAGCCGCGAGGAACCCGAGAACGGGCUCCCACAGUCUUCAAACAAAUUCUGAAGUCUCACCUAACGGUUUUCCAAUGGGCCACCUACUCAGAAGUGCAGAGAACAGUGAGAGUUGGUCUAAGUGGCCCCUGUGUGUAGAAUACAAACAUUGCGUCAUAAUAGAAUGUCUCUCUUCACUGCUUUGACUCUGCAGGGAAAGAAUGAAGUCUCUGGUCACCAAGUACCCACGGCCGUUGACGCUGCUGCUGCUGCUGCUGCUGCCGCCACUCAAGCUGCAAGGGGAAAAAUGGGAUUACUCGGAUUAUGAAAUGAUGCCAAUAUUAGGUGACUACCUAAGGGAACUCCAUAGCACAGGACCUACCAAGCCACCUACCAAAGAAAGAAUCAUAGAAAAGAUUAUUGCUGAUCCCCAGCGACCUUUGGUUGGCGAUGAUUACUGCGACACUGAACUCGUGUUUAAAAAUAUUCACAAUAAGCUUCUCUGCUAUUCGGAGUACUACUUUGUAGCUGAGACCUAUCAAGACCUGCAAAAGGCCUGUUAUGGCAAACAAGUAAAAUGUAAGAAAGGGGCUUCGUUUUGCAGAAGAAGCACGGAAUUAAUGAAAGGAGUGAAGUGUGCUUUAGUAAGCGGAGAGAGGAUAUCAGAGUGCUCAUACGAAAGCAUCUUCCUGACAGGUUACCCGGUUGUCACUUGCCGGUGGGAUGAUGAAACCCAAGAAUUUAUCCCUAACCGUGUACUUGAUAUAUUGAUACCUAGGAGCAGGAAAGUAUCAUAGGCCAGGAAUAUGACUUCCCCUGACAUUCCGGGUUUCUCUAAGUAGUUACAUUAGAUACGCUAAGUGGGUACGCUUUAGAUACUGAUGGAUGCUGUUAGUUAAAAGUGAGAAUGGCAGUUCCAGGCCAUUCACUCUGAUCACCCCCCUGCCUCCUUUCCCGUCCCCAAAGCAUCGAAUGGCCACGUGUGCUAUGCUCACAAGACUCCAGCAGUUGUUUUCAUAAAGGUCACAGAAUGUGUCAUGACAAUAAAAGUCUGCAGCAAACAGAUGGUCAGCAUGAAGAACAGCAGGGGGCCGGGUGUGGGAGCUCAAGUUUGUACUUUCAGCACUUUGGAGGCUAAGGCAGAAGUUCAUAAGUUCAAAGCCAGUCUGUGUUACCAGGCAAGAAAACCCUGGCAUAAGCAAAC